AUGCCCCUAGAACCAAACAGACGCCGGUCCCUCUCUGACCCACUGGCCGCCGCCAUCCAACCUCCAGAGGAUGAAUCACCUGCAGAUCGCCACCGGAGACUUCAAGCAGAACACGAGGCAAAACUGGUCAGCGAUCGCAUCGACGAGAUGCUCAGGGAGGAGAAGAAGGAGAAGCGAAUGAAGCCAGAAGUCAAGAUACUUCUCCUAGGGCAGAGCGAGAGUGGCAAGAGCACGACGCUCAAGCAGUUCCAGCUGAUGCAUGCACCUGCGGCCUUCCGUGCCGAUCGCCUUGCAUGGCGUGCAGUCGUCUACCUCAAUCUUGUUCGGUCUAUCCUCAGAAUACUUGAUGCAGUUUCUCCGGAUGCAGAUCCUGAUGGCGACGGGGUCGAUUUGUGGCCCGUGGCUUCCAACCGCAAGUUUGGUACCCGGGUAGCGAAAUACGAACAAUACCGAAGGGCGCUGGAGCCUUUGCGAGAGCUGGAGGAACAUCUAAUUCGUAUGCUUUCUGCGCCUGACGAAGUUGAACCCGUCCGUAUAGCACCCUCAAGGCCUGAUUGGAACUUGCACAAUAUUACUUCUGUAAGCCUCCCCUCGUCAACUUCAAAUAGCCGUCGCCCCUCUCCUGUCAUCACCAUUCCACAUCGCCGAAAAGUGUCCUCUCCAUUCACCCCCACCUCCCCGAGCACCGCUCAAAGUCUCCCAUCACCAGGCGGAUCCAGUAGUAGUUCUUCAAAGUCCAAGCCUACUGAAGUCAGCGUUCACACUACUUCCAACUGGAAGAAAGCGUUUAGUCUCACUAAUAAAAUCAAGAGCACCAAAAGCGCUCAUACGAACGAGAUUGAGGGGUGGUGGGACGAUCCAUCAGAUCCUGUCCAUGUAAUCAACGCAUGUGGUCCAGCAAUGUUGGGUCUUUGGAAAGAUCCUAACGUCAAACAAAGGCUCCGAGAGCUUAGACUAAGAGUAGAGGAAAGCAGUGGAUUCUUCCUGGAUGAAAUUUCACGUAUCACUGCCCUUCGAUACUUCCCAACUGACCAGGAUGUAUUAAAAGCACGCCUCAAAACACUGGGCGUUGUAGAACAUUCAUUCUCUAUCCCCGAUUCUAACCGUAGAACUAUCGAAUGGAAAAUCUAUGAUGUCGGCGGUGCCCGGAAUCAGCGUUCUGCCUGGGCGCCCUACUUCGACGAUGUAAAUGCUAUAAUAUUUUUGGCACCCAUAUCGGCUUUUGACCAGGUGUUGGCUGAGGACGCCCGUGUCAGCAGACUGGAAGAUUCGUUUCAGUUGUGGAAGUCGCUCGUUUCCAACAAACUACUGACUAAUGUCAGCAUCAUACUUUUCCUGAACAAAAUUGAUUUGCUGCAGGCCAAGCUCAGGAGUGGCGUGCGCCUUCAUUUCUAUAACAAAUUCGGAGCAGUACACCAAGAGUUUUCCGCUCACAAAGCAAGGGAACUCAAGAGUAAGAUUCCCACGAUGAAGGUCUUACUGUGUUCCCAUUUUAUAGUCCGAGAUAUUAUCAUUGCAACCAACCUAAAGAGUCUCCAGUUGAUGUAG